AUGGUUCUAUCCUUGAAUGUUUUGCCUUCUGUUUCUUUCACUUCCUUUGUGUUCGGAGACUCUUUGGUUGAUGCUGGAAACAAUCACUACUUAUUCACCCUCUCCAAGGCAGACUCUCCUCCAUAUGGCAUCGAUUUCACCACUUCUGGCGGGAAACCCACUGGAAGAUUUACCAAUGGUCGUACUAUUUCUGAUAUUGUAGAUGAAGCUCUUGGAGCCAAGUCAUUUCCUCCACCCUACCUGGCCCCGAAUACAUCAUCGGAUGCAAUUCUUGGUGGAAUAAAUUAUGCUUCGGGAGCUUCAGGGAUUUUGGAUGAAACAGGAACCCUCUUUGCCGGAAAAUAUGUGGCACAGAUAGGAAGAGUACCUUUAAGAGAGCAAAUCAACUAUUUUGAAGAGAGUAGAGCUUACAUGGUGAAUGUGAUGGGAGAGAAGGGCACAAAAAAGUUCUUAAGGCAGGCAAUCUUCUCUCUAACAAUUGGGUCAAAUGAUAUACUGAACUAUUUCCAACCUUCCAUUCCAUUUAUUGGCCAAGACAAAGUUCCCUCUACUAUAUUCCAACACUAUAUGAUUUCCAACUUGACAACACAGCUUAAGCGAUUGCAUGGAUUAGGGGCUCGAAAAUUCAUUGUAGUUGGCGUUGGACCUCUUGGAUGCAUACCCUUUGUUCGUGCUCUCCACCUAGUGUCGGGUGGCAAAUGCUCAGAUGAGGUGAAUACGUUUAUCCGAGGCUACAACAAAAAACUAAAUGUGGUGCUAGGUGAUUUAAACCAAAAGAUGGGACCAGAAGCUAUAUUUGUAUAUGCAAAUUCCUAUGAUAUUGUCAUCAGGAUUAUAUCACAAUAUCGACGAUAUGGAUUUGAGAACGCUGACGAUCCAUGUUGCGGAGGAUAUUUUCCACCAUUUGUUUGCUACCAGGGCAAUCAUGCAAGUACAAGCUCUGUUUUGUGCAAUGAUCGGGCAAAAUAUGUGUUUUGGGAUGCAUAUCAUCCUACAGAAGCAGCAAAUGUCAUCAUAGCUGAAAAGUUGCUUAACGGUGAUAAAACUGCUAGCUCUCCUAUCAAUAUUCGAGAGCUUUACCACUACAAUCUCCAGUGA